AUGUCGCUCAGUGACCAGAACUCUCCCGAGUCACGCCAUGAUGAAAAGAGGGAUGUCUUUCACUCUGAAGACAUGACCACUCCAGUGCUUAUCGACGAUGCCGUCGAUGCGGAGAAUCGUGAACAUGAGAUGGGAGCUUGGGAGGCGGCCAAAUCUCAUCCAUGGGCCUGCUUGUGGGCAUUUGUGAUGUGCUUUACUAUUGUCAUGGAGUCUUUUGACAUGUUUCUGAACGGCAAUUUCGUCGCACUGGGAGCGUUCCAAAAAAAGUAUGGUGUUUUGGUCGACGCCGCGACCAAUACCUACGCCAUACCCACCCGUUGGCAAAGUGCGCUGUUCCAAGCUGGACAGUGUGGUGCUUUCGUAGGAGUUCUAGUAGCUGGACCUGUGACUGACCGUCUGGGCUAUCGCUGGACCACGAUAAUGGCAUUAUUGAUGAUGAAUGCCACGAUUUUCAUCUCCUUCUUUGCUGACUCGCUGACGGUCCUCACUAUGGGCCAAGCGCUGGAGGGAGUUCCAUGGGGGCUGUUCAUUGCGAAUUCUCCCGCUUACGCAAGUGAGAUCGUGCCUCUCGCUCUUCGCGGUGCAUGCACAGCGACUUUGCAGAUGAGUUGGUCGAUCGGCGGUAUCAUUGUCGCGGCUGCCACGUACGGUAUCAAUCAGCGGAACGAUGAGUGGGCAUGGCGUUUGCCUCUUGCUUUGCAAUGGAUCUUCCCUACUCCUCUCUUGAUUCUUGUGUUCCUCGCCCCCGAGUCUCCCUGGGGGCUUAUCCGUCAUGGACGCAAAGAGGGAGCUCUUCGCUCGAUCAAGCGCCUAGGUCCCGGACCCAGGGACAAGGCGCAACAGACAUAUGCGAUGGUGCAGCGUACAGUCGAAAUUGAGGACCAAAUGGGCGGCAAUGCGAGAUUCAUCGAGAUGUUCAGGGGUGUUGAGCUACGACGGACGGCGAUUAUCUGCUUGAUGUAUGCGUCGCAGAAUUUUGCUGGAAAUUUGAUCGCCAAUCAGGCUGUCUUUUUCUUUGAACAGGCUGGCAUCUCGUCAAAUCGAGCUUUUGAGCUAAACUUGAUCAAUUCAUGCUUGGGACUUAUCGCCAAUAUUUGCUCCUGGUUCCUCUCGUCCUGGUUCGGUCGUCGAACCAUCUAUCCUUGGGGCACAGCUACCAAUAUCACGUUGCUGAUCGUCCUUGGAAUCUGCGCCUCAAUUAAACAGAACAGCGCAACUAACUAUGCUCAGGCUUGUCUCGGUAUUCUGAUCACCUUCGUGUUUGCUGGCACUUUGGGGCCCAUCUCAUACACUGUCAUUUCCGAAACUUCGUCGGUUCGUCUUCGUGCCCUGAGCACCGGUGUUGAUCGUGCUGCCUACUACGUCGCUGAGAUUCCAAUGAUCUAUUUGGCAUCGCAGAUGCUCAAUACCACUGGAUGGAACCUCGCGGGCAAAUGCGGUUAUGUGUGGGCUGGUACGGCUUUAGUUUGCUGGAUUGGUGCCUACUUUGGUCUCCCUGAGUUGAAAAACCGGACCUAUCGGGAGAGUGACAUUUUGUUCAAACGUAAGGUGCCUGCCAGAAAAUUCAAGUCGACGAUCAUUGGUGUCGCGGAGAAUGCGUGA